GGGAAUCCAAGGCGUCUGGUAACCUGAACGCACGGAUAGAAAGCGUUUAUCCAAAGCACUCAACGGUCUCCAAUUCGCGUUUUUCAUCAACUCAUAAAAGGCACUUCGCGUUCAUCUAUAAAAAAAAGAUUUCCAGGAAUGGAAUCUAUCCCAAAUCAACUGCCGGCUGGAAGAGACGCCAGCUGUUCGCCGAACUCUAAACAGGACCUGCAGUCUUACACUGGCCCAACACUGAAGCCGAACCAAGUCAGUGAGACGUCUUUAUACGGAAUACCAAUCGUUUCACUAGUGAUAGACGGCCAAGAGAGACUUUGCCUAGCCCAAAUAUCCAACACUCUUUUGAAGAACUACAGCUAUAACGAAAUCCACAACCGACGUGUGGCCCUGGGCAUCACCUGUGUGCAGUGCACUCCGGUCCAGUUGGAAAUUCUCAGGCGCGCGGGGGCAAUGCCCAUUUCCUCGAGACGCUGCGGAAUGAUUACGAAGCGAGAGGCCGAGAGACUCUGCAAGUCGUUCCUCGGCGCUCACAGCCCUCCGAAAUUACCAGAAAAUUUCGCUUUUGAUGUAUCACAUGAAUGCGCCUGGGGCAGCCGGGGCAAUUUCAUCCCAGCCAGGUACAAUAGCUCAAGAGCGAAAUGCAUUAAAUGUUCCUUCUGCAACAUGUAUUUCUCUCCAAAUAAGUUCAUAUUUCACUCUCAUCGCACGCCGGAGUCCAAAUACACACAACCCGACGCUGCGAACUUCAACUCGUGGAGGAGACACUUAAAACUGAGCGAUAAAAACUCACCGGAUGACGUGGCCCAUGCUUGGGAAGACGUAAAAGCAAUGUUUAACGGUGGCAGCCGCAAGAGGACGCUGCCGGUCGGCAGGUCUGGUAGUUCAUCCCCGCUGCGUACACAAGGACCAGGAGGUCAGCACCAGGGGGAAUCAUCUGAGGUGCCCCACAAAACUCUCCGCUGUGAGGAUGACAGGAGGGCCGUAACCAUGCCGAGUAGCUUACGCAGUUACCCCGUCAUUCCAGUGCCCAGCAAAAGUUUUGGGAUGUUACAGAAAAUCCCACCACCACUCUUUCCACAUCCAUAUGGUUUUCCAGCGUUUGGAUUGUGUCAAAAGAAAGAUGACGGUGUGGUGAUGGGUGAGCCCAACAAAACAAACCUGUCAGGUGUGUUCUGGCCGAGCGCUAAGGACAGUGCAUAUCCCUCCUUUCCGGUGUUUUGGCCCACAACAGGCAGCCUGGCCAUGCCAACAUACCACCAUGCCCAACCUAAGCCUCCAUCUGACGUGUUAUGCACCAGACAUAGUGAUCUAGACGUGUCUGAGCAAAGUGACCGAAGCACGAGUACUCCCAAAGACAGUCUGAUUGAUAAUGAACGCUGCUCCAGCACUCAAUCUGCCCGGAAUGAAGAGGAUAAAUCCGGAGACGAGAGUAGGUCAACAGAAGGGAUGCCAGCUACUCCGAGAAAAAUAAGCUACAUAUCAGCAUUCAGACCAGUUGUUAAAGAUGUUGAGAGCAUCGCAAAACUAUAUGGCAACAGGGGUCCAUAUUCUGCUCCCAGAUCUGGCUAUCUGUCACCAGAUUUCUUGAGUGAAAGUUCUAGUUAUAGGUCUGUUUCUCCUGAUGUUGACAGCGUAGAUGAUCCGGAUGUGGAUGUGGAGUCACAUAAGGUACACGAAGAUGACGAAUGUCUGCAGCUGUCUGUGGAUGACCGGCGGAGUCCCCCCGGGUCGACCGUGGCGCAGAGUGAGGGGGGUAAAGUCCAAGAGCAAGAAAACAGCCAAAUACACACUAUGAGUGAUCUACAUACGGUGAAUUCAAGUGAAACGCGGCGUUCAGACUUGGAGAGCCACGGCCAGUCAUUUGAAAGCAAUAAACACACGACGCGCUUUGAAGUGUAUGCGCGUGAAAGAGACGAGCACGUGCAUCAAAUGAGCACCUCUUAUUUUGGAUCAACUACAACUUACCAACGCGACCCGAUGGAGACGAAUGUUAAAGACGUGCAUGAAGAAGAGCCUUCGUCGACAGUGGAGGAGAUGGAACCCAAAGCUCAUCAGGACCAAACGAACGUCCCCGAUGAUCGCCUGAAGGAACACAAUGAUGAUGAGGAAGCAAUGCGAAAAAACGCUGGCAGCAGGAUAUGCUUGAUUGAGCGGGACAUAGGGAACAUGGCCAAAGAGGAAUUGCAGAAACAACUUGUGGAACAAGUUGAGCUUAGAAAAAAGUUGGAGCGCGAGUUCCAGAAUCUAAAAGACAGUUUUCAAGACCAAAUGAAAAGGGAGCUCUCAUACAGGGAGGAAAUGGUGCAGCAACUCCAGAUUGUUCGAGAAGCUCACGACGCUUUACACCAUUUCUCAUGUAAGAUGCUGACACCUCGUCACUGCACUGGGACGUGCACCUUCAAGACUCCUCUUUUACCACCUUGAUGGAUACCAAUUCAAGAUAAAUGUGUUCUUUAGAAAGACUGUUGUCAAAUCAAAUUUACGUUUUUCUGUCAACACUGUCAACCUUUAACCCUGAAUUAAGCAAGUGUGUACUGUAGUAUUUUAGCUCUUACACUGUAAUGAAGUCAUUUUCAUUAGCAAAAGAGUGUUUUCAGACUCACUGUAUGUACUGUAUAAUUUAUAUAAAGUUCUAGAAAAUUGUGUUAUUAAUAAAAAGACGUUCCUCUAAAAAAUAUUAUCAUCAUCUGUAGAAAUCACUGGUAUUAAGUGGCUAUGUGCAAUGCAUAUAUUUGUUCUGUAUCCUUUGAUACCCUUUUUGUUUGUGAUAUGUUAGGACAUUUUGUUUAAAUUAGAUGCUACUAUAAUUUAUGUUUUUGUAUUAUUUUAUUUAUUCCAUGUCCAUGUUGGUUGUUUUAUUCUCAUCUGCAACUUUGUAUAAUAUUGAUGUAAAGCACUUUAAAUUGGCAGCCCUAAUUA